AGACAGACAGACAGACACACGUGAACCGAGUGACUCCAAGUUAAUGGUCUCUAUUACUGGUGGUUAAUAUACACCGAGGCCACUACAGGUUAAUUAUAGUUCUCAGUUAGUAGUAAAGGUACUACAUCCAGGUACUACAGAGUGAAUAAUGUCACCCGAGAGUGAAGCCGAGUCGUCAGAGUACGAGUACUCUGACAUAGACGAGCGAGAAGCUAUGGAAGACGACUCGGAUGCCGAGCUACAAGAAGCCUUUGCCAGAGGAGAACUAAAACCUGGCCUUCAUGUUGUUGAGGAAAAAGUUGUCAAGGAAUAUAAGAAUGAUGUGAAUGGUUUAAAGCAGAAGAUAGAAGAGUUUCAGCUCACAGUGCCGUGGGUUGAGCGGUUUGAUGUUACGAAUGAACUCGCAGCCAUGGCACCAGAGCUGGAUGCAGAGAUCACAGAACACGCACAGACAAGAGAAAAGCGCAUGAAAAGUCAGUUUAAGAACUUCACCCUGGAAAAUGACCCGAUACAUAAUGACUUCAAGCGGGAGAUGACAUUCUACAGACAGGCUCAGGCAGCAGUGAUGGAAGGGUUCGAGCGCCUUCAAAGUCUUAACCAACCAACCCUUCGACCGAGUGACUACUUUGCUCAGAUGGCCAAGAGUGAUGAACACAUGCAAAAGGUUAGGAGAAGGUUGAUGAACAAGCAGAUAGGACAACAGAUUAGCCAACGGGUGAAAAAGAUUCGAGAAAUCAAGAAGUACGGCAAGAAGGUUCAGAUAGAGGCGGAGCAACAGAAACAUAAAAACAAAAAAGAAAUGUUGGAAAAAAUUAAAAAGUUCAGAAAGGGGAAAGCAGACACCAUAGACUUCCUGGAGGACAAAGGGCCUCUGCGUGGUGGUGGAGCCAAGACUAAAACUCAGCUGAAGAAAGGAACAAAACGAGUCACAGGGAAGAGAGUGAUGAAGGACAAGAAGUACGGGUUUGGGGGCAAGAAGCGCAACAUUAAACGCAACACCGCCAAGAGUCACGCCAACGAUAGCAACAUGCCAGCGAUGAAGAGACCCGGAGCAAGCAACAAGAAGAGAGGACAAAAGCCAAAGGGAAAUAGAAAUAAAAAGAGUAAGAGUAAAUCUAAAUUCUGAUGCUAAUGAAUAAAGUCAACAUAAGAAUAUUGAUGUAAUUUAAUAUAUUCAUAAAACUUUUCAGUUAUCAUACUUGAAGGAGCUCUUAUUAACUAUAUCAUUUGUUAAAAUAAACAAAAGAAGCUUA